AUGGGCGAGGCAUGCAGGGAUUUCGACCGGAUGGAUUGCCCCGACCCCGUCGCGUGGAAUUCUCUCAUUCUGGGCUAUGCCGAGAAUGGGCAUGGCGGGGUUGCGCUCCAGCUCUUCCUGGACAUGGAAUCGCGAGGCUUGCAAGGGAGCUCUGUCACGUUUAUUGGAUUGCUCAAGGCCUGCGCGAGCCUCACAGAGAAGGAAAAUGGGAAGGUUUUACAAGAUCUAGAGCUCGUCGUGAAGUUUUCUUCUGUCGAGAGAGGAAUGGCUCUUCGAAGAAUCGACACAAACGCUUUCGUAGCUAGCAGCCUGGUGGAAAUGUAUGCUCGGUGUGGAACCGUGGUGGAUGCGUGGAAGGUUUUUCAUGGAGCUCCAAAGCGUGACGUAGUUCUAUGGACUUCUUUGAUGCAGGGAUGUGUAGAGAAUGGGCAGAGCGAGGUGGUGCUUCAGCGAGAAAGCAGUGGAGCAAAUGCCAGAACCUUUGUUGCGGUGUUCCAGGCCAACACUUCCCUAGCAAAGAGGGAAUGA